UGGAUUUUAACAUUUUAUUUUUAUAUUGUGAAAUAAAUAACAAAUAUUAUUUAUGAUUUGCUUUGCAGUAAAGAGGACUAAAACUCUUACAAAUGAAGGUGAAUCUCCAGUAUUUGAAGAAAGUUUUACUUUUUACUUGGCUCUGCCAGAAGCUGCACUAGUGAGAUUUAUAGUUCUUGAUGAUGAGUUCAUUGGUGAUGAUUUUAUUGGACAAUAUACAGUUCCUUUUACAUGUUUACAACCAGGGUAUCGUCAUAUUCGUUUGAUGGCCUCAAAUGGGGAACUGAUACCAAAUGCACUCCUGUUUGUCCACAUCUCAGUGACUUAUAAAAGAUGUUUUAGGGAGGGUGAAAAACCAACAAAAAAUGGAUGUUGUGGCUGCAGAGACAAGCAUUUUAAACUGUCUGUCACAAAGUGGCCACCAGGGAAAGCAGUGAAGGAAAUGAAGAAAAGAGCACGAUAUGCCAGAACUCUUGCCACCAUACUGAAGUUUGGAAUAAAAAACUUGGAUGACAUAUUCAAGGAUGUAAUUCCAGAUAUGGAAGAUGCUCUGAGGCUACGCACUGAAGCAGAGAUGGCGAUGGACGAGUUACGCUAUGAAUGUGGUGUAGAUGAAACAGCAAAUAUGAGUCACUGUUUGAAAGUGCUGUUACAGCGAUAUGAAGCAACCCCACAAAUAACUAAUGUGUCAAUUACAUCUCAGAAUGGGCUACAAAUGGUGAGAGUUCAAGGGUCGGACAUACCAGAAUUUGUUGACCGAAGUCUGGUAAUUUUGGAGAAAGCACUUAAAAGUUCACAGUACAUUUUAGAGCAUAGUGAUAACCUGGUAGCUGAACUUGAGAGGAAACUGGAUGUCAUUCAAGUAGAUUAUGAGGAUUUCCCACAGUUAGCAGUGUCGGUUGGUGCCACAGGAAAGAGACUAAAUACUUUUGUGGAAUAUUUUGUUGUGAAUGUGCGGAGACUGAAGGGGCAAAUUGACCUACUAAAGACAUGUAAAGAAGACUCCCAACUCUUCUUAACACAGAUUGCUGAUGCUGCAGCUGUCAUGGAGAGAUUAAACAUUGGGAAAAAGCAACUGCAUACUUCAACUAAUGUUUCCAAAGUGAAAUUAAACAAGAAUUUAUCUGUGGAAAAACAGUCCUCAAAGCUACAUUCAGAUUCCAGUAUCGCAUCUACUGCACAACCUAGUUCAUCAGGAUCUUCAUCUGGUGAAAUAAAACUAAAGAGUAUUUUGAAGAGACCGACUAAUAACAAUCAGCAUGAAAGUGUGGACUGUGAAGAGGCAUACUUUGGUAACAAUGUAACAACGAACAGUGCUACAGGGACAUGGAUGUAGAGAUGUGUUACCUCUGUAUAGACGGUCUAUUAAUUCAAAGUAAUGAAAUCGUUGCCAAAGGAAGGAGAUAAACAUUCUGUGUUUUUCUCCUGUCACAGGUGUGUGUGUGAAAGAGAAAGAGAUAGAGAGAGAGAGAGAGAGAGAGAGAGAGAGAGAGAGAGAGAGAGAGAGAGAGAGAGAGAGAGAGAGAAUUACACUAAUUUUUCCACAGUGUUUGGUGUUCAUUCAAGAAUUUCUAGGAUAAUGUGUGUAUGAAAGGUUUGCUAUAUUAUUAAAAACAUGUAAAAUAUUAUUAAGGCACAGUAAACUGAGCUGAGCUUCUUGCAUGCUUUUGUUGUUGUAUGAGAGAGAGAACUCAAUUAAUAUGAAUGCAAUAUAUAAGGCCAUAAGUGAAAUGCCUUGUGUACAUGUGCGAUUCAUGCUGAGGUUGAAAUUAUAAAUUUAUUUUUGUUUUUUAUUUUUAUAUGGUGCCAAACUAUUUUAAGAACUUGAAAGUUACAGGUACAUUAAUAAAUACAGUGUACAUUGUUUGAUCAGCUGCAUAUUAAAAUUAUUUGUAAUGGCAUAAAAAUACUUCUGUGCACAUACAUUACACCUUGCAUAGCUAUUGCCUUGUGGAAUAUUAUCUACUGCUUCUAAAAGAACAGCAAUUGCAUACUGCAGACAUUUAUGAAACUAGGAGAAAGAUAGCUAUUUCUCACUUAUUGUACUACAACCUUCUCAUAUCAGUUAAUCACCAGUACACAAAAGAAUUGUGCAAAAGUUGACAUAUGCUUCAGAUAGAUUAUAAAUUAUUUAUGUUAAGAAUAAAUAACAAUAACAUGUUUAAUUUUACUGUGACUAAAAGUCUGACAAUGUGAGCUGCAACUAAGAAAUUUAAAAAGGUUAAAAACAUUCUACUUAUUGUUAGAGAGUUAAAGCAGUGAGGUGUUAUUGGGAAAGGCAAUAAACAUUGCAUAAGUCCCUGCUUUUGAUAAACAGAAAAUGUGAAUUUUUAGUACAUAAAAAACUGAGUUGAAAAUAAAAAGGAAUAUUUCUUUCAACAUUUCAGGGAAAUCUGAAUCAUGGUAUGACCAAGUCAAUUAUUUAUAGAUUUUUGGAUCCAGUAACAGACUAAUGACCUGAAUGAAAUAAUAGGUUGUCAGAUGUUUACAGGAAUGUUCAGUCACUGUAGACGUAUGCAUUGUCAGAAAUUUCAGUUUUUUUCUCCACUCCAAAGAAUUAUUCUCCAUUCCCAGACUCCAACAAAUAAAUAUUUGUUUCUAACAUUUUUACUCAUUUUACUGCUCUUUUAGGGAUUCUCAGUGAAAUAUCCUGAAUAUUUAGUGAAAUAUCAAAUAUUUUCAUUUGAGAAUAAGAUUUUAAAUUUUAUAACCUAUCUUUCUUAACCUUACUUAAAAUAAUAACAAAAUGAUGAGCUUCCAGAACAGUAUUUUCAUAUGUACAUAUUUUAAUGAUCUUUAACUGAUGUUAUGUGAUUGCACAUCUAUAGACAGCAUAGCAGAAGGAAGUGUUUCUUGUGUAGAAGCAGCAUGGGACUAUUUUAGCUGUUUUAUUUGUGUUCUUUCCUGGAUAUUAAAGUUUAGAACAUUUUAGUUUCAUUCUUAUAGUUAACAGUUAGUAUGUUCACAAAACAGACCAAAAUGAAAUGAAAAUAUUGGCUGUGGAAUAGUGAGACUUUAUUAAGCAAUUGAUACAUAUCUACAUAGCUUCUAACAAUGUUCUGUUGUUAUAGUGGAAACUUUGAGUGAAAAUCAGUAUACACUGAUAUUUUACACAUACAUACCUGUGUUCACUAUUUGUGGAAUCAAUGUUGUUAAUUUGUUGGUUGUUACUUCCGUAAAAAGCUAUAUUUUUUAAUAAUUUGUUGAAAGAAGUAUAGUGUAAUUGGUUAAUAUAUUAGCACUUGAAUCAUUUAUGUAUUAUGCAGAAUUUUAAACUUUGUAGUUCCUUGUUUAAAAUAAUUGUUUUUUUAGUUGUUUAAAAAAAAAAAAGAAAGAGGAGAAUUUUUCUGAGACUUUUGUGUCUUAUUUAAAUAUUCUGUGCAGCAUAUAAUUUCACUCUUUUGUACAAUUUGCCAUCCCCAUUAAACAAUGUAAGGUAUUGGCAGGUACAGUUCUUUAAUGUAUUUGAGUGAAGUCAUUGUGAAAGUUACAAAAUCUACUACCAUCGAAUUCUUUGCUGUGAUAAUUUUUGGGUCUCACUAAGUAUAUAACAUCAGGUAUUUACUAAUGACUGAUUUCCUUAUGCUUUGACAGUCUCUUCUUCACAACAGUGUAUUAUUAUAUUUAACAUUUUCUUACAGAAGACACUGUCAGGGAUGCCAAAUAAUGGUCUAAAUAAUUUAGGCCUGUAAUCUGAUAUAAUAUUUUCUUACACUGUAUGGAUCCAGUAAUGGUACCACAUGUAAAAAUACUAUUUUCAAGACACAUAAAAUCUAUAAUGAAAAUAGUGUCAAAAAUCUAAACUGUUUAUUGAUCCCUAGUAACCUAAAAUCUUGACACUGUAAAAAUAUGUCAUGGUAAUAAUUUAAGAAGUACAGGGUCCAGUAUGUGAAGAUAUUUGAUUUCUAAAUAAACAUCAUACAGCAUUUUUUCAUACUAUCUGUUUUACUGCUAGCAUGUACAGAAGGUAAACUGUGUUUAAAAGAUUUGUUUAUACGAAGUAAGUGUUCUGUGAAAAACAUGUAAUCAAAAUGUUGAGAGUAUUGUGUGCAGCAAUGAGUGAAUAAUCAGCAUUCGGUGUGUGAAAUUUUUGUCUUGUAUGGCUUGAGAAUUCUCUUCAAUCUUGUACAUAACGUAUAUUUUUCCACUGUGUAAAUAUGUAAUAAAAUUCUUUAUGAUAUUGUAAAGUGUGUGAGCUGGAGAUAAAUAUCAAAUAUGUUCUUUAAUAAAGAAUGGAAAUGCACAGAAAAGAGUGCACCAUUUACAAAAUUGUAAUGAACAUGUAACUGUUUAUUUGAAAUUUAAAAUAACAGCAAGUUGUU